AUGCCAAACGGCCUUUACCAACCCCUCCCAAACGGCCAUGCACAUCCACAACCCCCGCAACCGCAACAACAAGCCCCUCCUUCCCAGAACCAACGCCAGGCUCAGCCGCCCGCCCCCAAGGACCCCGUCUACGUCGUCGGCAUCCCGUCCGUCACUGUACAGAACAACCAGCUCGUCGUGGGCGAUGCGCGGAGCACCUCGACGCGGUCAUAUACACCGCUCAAAGUGGUGGGGGACGGCUCAUUCGGAACCGUCUGGCUCUGUGAUUGGCAUGGGACGCUACCGCCCAAUACCCCGCUGUCCGCCAUGCAGUGCGGUGCGGGCGCAAAGCGCGAAUACGCUGGCAAACGCCUUGUCGCCGUCAAGAGGAUGAAGAAGAAGUGGGAGGGCGGAUGGGAUGAGUGUAAGAAGCUGAAGGAGCUCGAGUCCUUGCGUGCGAUAGCAUACCACCCCAAUAUAAUCCCCCUAUACGACUUCUUCCUCCUGCCGCAGACCAAGGAGCUCUACUUCGUCUUCGAGUCCAUGGAGGGGAAUCUGUAUCAACUCAUCAAGUCCCGAAAAGGCAAACCUCUCGCCGGCGGCCUCGUCUCGUCCAUCUUCCGCCAGGUCGUCUCGGGGCUGCACCAUAUCCACGCGUCGGGCUACUUCCACCGUGAUAUGAAGCCGGAGAACCUGCUGGUGACAACAACAGGUUUGUAUGAUUACCGGACGUUGUCGCCAGUCGCACCGCCAGACACACCGCUCGAGAAGGACGUCGUCGUGAUUGUCAAGCUGGCCGACUUUGGUCUCGCGCGCGAGACGCAAAGUAAACCACCAUACACGGAGUACGUUUCGACGCGGUGGUAUCGUGCCCCAGAGGUUCUCCUCAAAAGCAGGGACUACUCGAACCCUGUCGACAUGUGGGCGCUCGGUACUAUCAUGGCAGAGCUCGUCAACCUGCGGCCACUCUUCCCGGGCCAGGGUGAGAUAGACCAGGUUGCGCGUAUAUGCGAGCUGCUCGGCGACCCGGUGGACAACUACGGGUUGGACGAGCGCGGGAAACCGGUCGGUGGCGGGAGAUGGCCAAGAGGCGUGAAGAUGGCCAAGGCGGUAGGGUUCGCUUUUCAGAAGAUUGUCCCGAAGGAUUUUCGCGCUCUCUUCGAACCCUCGGUCCCGCCCAAGCUCGUUGACUGCAUAUCAGAUCUGCUCAAGUAUGAUCCUGAUCAGCGGCUCACGAGUUUGCAAUGUCUUCAGCACCCGUACUUGAUUGAGACAACACCGCUGAACCAUCCGCCUCCGCCUCCUACGCAGCCGCUGCAGACCGCCCUCGCUGUACGAGCCGACCAACGCAGUGUUGCCUCGUCGCUGACCUCGAUAUCGCCGCGGCAUCUCCCACUGUCGCACACGCACACAUCGGUCAAUCACAAGCCAGACUUCCAGCCGUCCAAUGUACACAUUCCCGCAGCGUCCUCGUCACAUCGGUCGUCAUUCUUCGAGUCACAGACAGUACCACGCGACAGCUCAGAGUCGUCGUCCAGGUUCUCUGACUACAGGUAUGAUCAGCCUAACGGGAUCCAACCACCAGGUGUACCUCAGCCUGGAGCCGACGGUCAGUCUGCGUUUGGUUCUUCGACGUACUCAUUCGGGGGCGACCGUGCCGGCACGUACUACAGCCAGCACCCUGGGCAGGCCGAAUGGGACGCGAUGGACGUGUCGCCUCAGACUGAGGGGCUUCCGGAGCACUACGUCGUUACCAACGACCAGACGGAGAUCCAGACAUCGCCCAUGGCGCGCGAGUACCCGUCGCGGCCAGUCGAGCCCGAGCCCAUCCACGACCCGAUGCAGAACCACGACGUGUCGCAGGCGCACGCACCCAAGCUGAGCAAACUCGCGCCCUUCGGCUUCGCGAAGAAGAGCAGCAAAUGGGGCCUCAGCAUGUUCGGCGGGCACGGCGACAAGGGCCAGGUUCAAGGCGAGCCUCCGCUCCCUCCAGUGCAGGAGGUCAACGUCGCGAGCGCAGGGUCGAUCCCGAGCCUGAAGCGGACGCAGUCGAGCAGCACGGAUAGUCGCAGCCUGAGCGAGCUCAGCCCGAUCGUGACCGAGGCCCUCCCCGCACCGGCGACGGACGCGAAGUCGCGGAAGAAGGAGGCGGAGCGGAUGAAGGCGGAGGCGGAGAAGCAGAGGCGGCAGCUCGCGCAGAAGAUGCAGCGCGACCAGGCGCGUGCGGUCAUGGAGAAACAGCGGCGGAUGAUGAAGCAGGGCCAGGGCGACGCGGCCGCGGUCGACUGGCACUGGCUUGCGGCGCAGAGUUCGACGAUGAGCGUGCCCCCGCCGAGCUACCGCCCGCCCAGAGAUAAGGGCAAGCAGCCCGCGGCGACGGGUGCGAUCCGCCAGAGCCAGAGCCAUGGCCCGAGCUCACGAACGUUGGACGCGGCGAGCGGGAGCUUUAAUCCUGAGGAUAGCUCGAGCUGGCGUAGGUCCGACGACGAACGCGUGCCGAAGGCGAGGCGGAGGGAGUUUGACGACGACCAUUCGAUGUCGUCCUCUGACCUGCCGAGCGGGAUGUCCGUCAUCUCGUUUGCGACGGUGGACAGUGACCCGGGGCCGGCGCGGUCUCGAUAUCGGACGAGCACGUAUGCGGGCAGCAUGGGCCGUAUGACGUCGAUGAACUCAUUGCGGACAGACGACUUCUCGCUGCGGGCACGGUCGUCGACGUCGUUCUCGCUAGAGCAGCAGCUCAACGAGUUCAAUUUGCGCUCGUCGAUCGACACGUCGUCGGUGUCUGAAGGAGGCGGCGGCUCGCCGCCUCCACCACCGAUGCAUAUGCUCUCAUUAUCGUCACCAACGUGGCAGCAUGAGCGAUCCUCGAGCACGAGCAUACAAGAUAGCUCAAGCUUCGUGUCAAGAAGGCCGGAAGGCAUGCACCUCUCGCUUCAGCCGCCCUCUCGACAUCAACAGUUCCUGGGAGGACAACCCCAAGGACAUCCUCCUAGUCCGGGUGUUGCACCGAAGUCAGCCAUUAACCCGAUCUUCAAAGUCCCACCAUUACAGGGCUUUGACCGACCGGGCUCGUUACCGCCAUUCGCGCAUCUGGAAGCUGUUGCGGAUGGGGAGUAUCCCCCACUGUCGCCGAUGUCGUUCACAUCGCCGGAUGACAUCGACGACGACAUGAGCUAA